AAUUCGAAGAGAACCGUCUCCGUCUCUCUCUCUCCAAAACCCUAUUUCUACUAACAGCGCCUUUUUCAAUUCAAUUCAAUCUCAAAUCUCUCUCUCUCUCUAAAACAGGUUGACUCUGUUUUCUUGACACCAUGGACGUGGAAACCAAAGAGCAAAUCGCAGCCGUGGAAAUCAAGAAGGAAAAUACCACCGACGAUCACAACGAAUUGCCGGAGCCAACCCGAACUUCCACGCCGGCGAGCGUGAUUGACAUCAGUAGCACAGACUCGGACUCGGACGACUCGGAUGACGACUCGGACGUGGAAGAGAUUCUGAGGAAGAGGAGGAAACUUUACGGUUUACUGCCUCUUGGAUUCCUCGAUCCCAUUCGGCCGGAAGAACGGAUGAUUGUUCAAACUACGCCGGCUGGUGCGAAUACUAGUACUGUGCAGUCCAAUGCGGCAGUGCAGAGUUGUAGGCAGUUUUGGAAAGCAGGAGACUACGAAGGGGACAGCAACAAUGCUGCUGAUUUCGCUUCGCAUUCUGUUGGCAUGGAUCAUGUCAGGGUUCAUCCAAGAUUUUUACAUUCCAAUGCUACCAGUCAUAAAUGGGCCCUUGGAGCUUUUGCGGAGCUUCUAGAUAAUUCUUUGGACGAGGUCUGUAAUGGAGCUACUUAUGUCCAUGUUGACGUGCUGAUAAACAAGAGAGAUAAGAACAAGAUGUUGUUGGUCGAAGAUAACGGUGGGGGAAUGACUCCUGAUAAAAUGAGACAGUGCAUGUCUCUUGGGUAUUCCGUAAAAAGCAAAAUGGCAAACACUAUCGGUCAAUAUGGAAAUGGUUUUAAGACUAGUACAAUGAGGCUUGGUGCAGAUGUCAUUGUAUUCUCCCGUUGUCCUGGUGCUGAUGAAACAAGCCCAACGCAAAGUAUUGGAAUGAUGUCCUACACAUUCUUGAGGAGCACAGGAAAAGAAGAUAUCGUGGUUCCAAUGGUUGAUUAUGAGAGAAGUGGACAAGACUGGAACAAGUUGAUGCGGUCAUCUCCUAAUGACUGGAAUAGAAACUUAGCUACUAUUUUGAAAUGGUCACCAUACGAAAGUGAAGAUGAUCUCCUUCAGCAGUUCAACCAAUUAAAGGAUAGAGGUACACGCAUUAUAAUAUACAAUCUUUGGGAGGAUGAUGAAGGACAGCUGGAACUUGACUUUGACGUGGAUCCAAGUGACAUUCAAAUUAGAGGGGUGAAUCGGGAUGAAAAGAAGAUAGAGAUGGCAAAAGAUUAUCCCAACUCCAAGCAUUUUUUAACCUAUCGGCAUUCCUUGAGGAGUUAUGCGUCAAUUCUGUAUCUGAGAAUUCCACCUGGCUUCCGGAUUAUUCUGCGGGGAAAAGAUAUUGAUCAUCAUAAUUUGGUUAAUGAUUUGAUGUUUACUAAGGCGAUUACAUAUAGACCAGUGGCCAUCGCUGAUGGGAUGCCAAAGGAUCCAAAUACGUUUGCUGUUGUGACUCUUGGGUUUGUAAAAGAUGCGAAGUAUCAUAUUGAUAUCCAAGGGUUCAAUGUUUAUCAUAAGAAUCGACUAAUUAAGCCAUUUUGGAGGGUCUGGAAUGCUGCUGGAAGUGAUGGCCGUGGGGUUAUAGGUGUUUUGGAAGCCAAUUUUGUUGAGCCAGCUCAUGAUAAACAGGGGUUUGAGCGCACAAAGGCACUGGCCAGACUUGAGGCAAGAUUAGUUGUGAUACAGAAAAGCUACUGGUCUACAAACUGCCAUGAAAUUGGUUAUGCUAGGCGACGACAUUCAAACAAGUCUGUUUCUCCAGAUAGAGAUUACACACCUUCGGAUAAAGGAAAAUCGUCGGCACUUCCAUAUUCAAAUGGGCACCUUCACAGUGAUGGUGGAUCUGCGACCAAAAGGAAAAGGGAAUACAUUUACAGUGAUAGUAGAUCUAAACUGAAGGAGACUUCUGAUUUUGUAAGUCAGGAAUGUAUGCCAAGUGGGAGACCUGAUUGCAUUGAUGGGCAUCCACAUUCCAGGGUUGAUAACAUCAUCAGAGACGAACAUGCAUCCACCAGCUUCAAUGCAAGGAGUAUUGUCAAGUUGGAAGGAGAGAAUCGUGUACUGAGUGGAAGAUUGGAGCAAGCGGGUGGAGUAAUUGUAAUAGAUCUGUCACGUGAUCUACAAUUCGAGAGAGACAGGUGCAAAUCACUAGAAACUAAACUUCUUUCCAAUCAGUUGCAGGAGGCACAACGGGAGAUAGAAAAAAUGGAUAAAGAACAAGAAUCUUUGAUUGAAAUAUUCGCGGAAGAAAGGAGCCGGCGAGACGCUGAGGAGGAUAUUUUGAGGAACCGGUUGAAGGAUGCAUCUAAUACCAUCCAAGAUUUGCUUGAGAAGGUGAAGGCGCUUGAGAGCAGGAGGGUCUUAAGUUGCAAAACUGAACACUGAAAUGCAUAAAGCUACGGAGUAAAUUAUCGACUGCACAUGAAUAGAUUUAGAACUGUCAUCUGAGCCCAUUCAUUUUCCCUUUCCUUUUAAGGGGUAUGUGCAUUUUCGAAUCACCCUGAAAGGUUAAAAAGAGGAAUACAAAGAAAAUGAAGCCUGAGAGAUGUAGGAGUUUCUCCCUUGUUUGUUAACAUCUUGAUACAGAAACUAUAUGAAAAAUUCCAUUUUGCUGGGAACUACGUGUGUCUCUGUUUGAAAUAUCAGUUGUUUUGGACCUCAAAA